AUGAGUAAAGAUUCAAUCAGUGUUCCCGCGGACAUCGACAACCAUGAGGCUGAAGUCUAUGAAGGGUUUGCCGAUGCUGCAGAGAACCAGGUUCGUGAAUUGGCCAGAGAAUUGACCCAUCAGAGCCGCACCUCUCUCUCAGAGUCCAAGAGUGGCGGCGGGGAUGAUCUCAUUAGAACCCUGACUUCCAUGUCACAGGUUCCUGGUGUCGAGCCAAGCACUGCAGAUGAUCCUAGAUUGGACCCUUUUUCAGACUCGUUCGACUCCAAGUUCUGGGUCAAGAACGCACGCAAACUGAUGCAGUCGGACCCUGACCACUACAAGCCAACGUCGCUCGGAAUUGCAUAUAAGAAUCUGCGUGUGCAAGGUAUUGCUUCCGAUGCCGACUUCCAGCCUACGGUUCUCAAUAUCGGGCUGAAAAAAGCUAGAGACUUUUACUAUGAUUACUUCAGAAGAAACGACGAAUCCAGAUACUUUGAUAUCCUCAAGCCUAUGGACGCUCUCAUGAAACCCGGAACCGUCACGGUGGUUUUGGGAAGACCUGGUGCCGGAUGCUCGACGUUGCUCAAGACCAUCUCCUCACAUACCUACGGUCUGAAAGUCGACAAGGAGUCUGUGAUAUCUUACGACGGCCUUUCAGUCCGGGAUAUCAAGAAACACUAUAGAGGAGAGGUUGUUUACUCUGCCGAGACAGAUGUGCACUUCCCGCAGCUAACGGUCGGCCAGACGCUGCAAUUUGCUGCCACGAUGAGGACACCGGAUAAUAGAACACCAGGCAUCACCAGAGAACAGUAUGCGAAACACAUGGCCCAGGUGUAUAUGGCCACGUACGGAUUGAGCCACACGUACAAUACCAAGGUCGGAAACGAGUUCAUUAGAGGUGUUUCCGGUGGUGAAAGAAAGAGAGUCUCGAUUGCCGAGGUUUCUUUGUGCGGAGCGAACUUGCAGUGCUGGGAUAAUGCCACAAGAGGCCUGGAUUCUGCCACCGCGUUGGAAUUUAUCCGUGCCCUUAAGACUUCUGCGAUGCUGCUGGACACCACCUCACUGAUUGCUAUUUACCAGUGUUCACAGAGCGCAUACGAUCUCUUUGACUAUGUCAUUCUCCUAUACGAUGGCUACCAGAUCUACUACGGCCCAGGAACCGAGGCUAAGGCAUACUUUGAGAGAAUGGGAUACGAGUGUCCUCCUAGACAGACGACUGCCGAUUAUCUUACGUCGAUCACCUCUCCAGCAGAGAGAGUCGCCAAAAAAGGCUGGGAAAACAAGGUGCCAAAGACGCCGAAGGAGUUCAACGACUACUGGAAAGCGUCUCCGGAGUACAAACAGCUGCUCGAGGAGAUUGAUUCGUACAUUCACAACGCAGAGGCCAAUAACCUCAAACAGGAGUACAGGGAUGCACACGUGGCCAGACAGUCCAAAGCAGCAAGACCAUCGUCUCCUUACACCCUUUCCUACGGCAAGCAGGUGAGAGCUAUCAUGACGAGAAAUAUCUGGAGAACUAAGGGAGACCCUUCGAUCACUUUGUUCUCGAUCUUUGGUAACUCCAUCAUGGGUUUGAUUCUGUCGUCUCUUUUCUACAAUCUCAGCCAAACUACCGGCUCCUUCUACACCAGAACUGCUGCCAUGUUCUUUGCCGUGCUGUUCAACGGUUUCUCGUCGAUGCUGGAGAUUAUGGCUCUGUUCGAAUCCAGAGAAAUUGUUGAAAAGCACAAGAAGUUUGCAUUAUACCAUCCGUCCGCCGACGCUUUUGCAUCUGUCAUCACUGAACUGCCUACCAAGCUGAUCACGGCCGUGGCGUUCAAUCUGGUGUUCUAUUUCAUGAUUCACUUUAAAAGAGAGCCAGGUGCGUUCUUCUUCUACUUCCUGAUCAACUUCAUGGCCACCUUGGUCAUGUCGGGUAUUUUCCGGUCGAUCGGUUCAUUCUACAGAACUCUGGCCGAGAGUAUGACGCCCUCUGCACUGUUGCUGCUCGCCCUGGUCAUUUACACUGGUUUUGCAUUGCCAACUCCCUCGAUGCAUGGCUGGUCCAGAUGGAUCAACUACAUCGACCCGGUGGCUUACUGUUUCGAGGCACUGAUUGCCAACGAGUUCCAUGGCGUGACGUACAAAUGUUCGCAGUUCAUCCCUGCAUAUCCGGGUGCUAACGCGGCCAACCGCGUGUGUUCUGCUGUUAGUUCGAUUGCCGGUGAGGACUACGUUGAUGGCGACCGUUACAUCUACGAGUCUUUCCGCUACAAAUGGGACCACAGAUGGAGAAACUUUGGUAUUGUUGUCGGAUUCACCAUCUUCUUCACCGGUUUGUACCUCACCCUUGUGGAAAAUUCCAAGGGAGCCAUGCAGAAGGGUGAGAUUAUUGUUUUCCAGAGAUCGACGCUGAACAAGCUCAAGAAAGAGCACGCUUCUUCAGCUUCACGUGACAUCGAGGCCACGCCAGAGAACGAAAAACCGGCUGCUAUUCAAGACGACGUUAGCUCUUCCGACGGAGUGGCCAAGCUCAUUGCUGGAAAGGACAUUUUCCAUUGGAGAGAUGUUUGCUACGAGGUCAAGAUUAAGACCGAGACCAGAAGAAUUCUGGACCAUGUCGAUGGAUGGGUGAAGCCUGGCACUCUGACUGCGCUGAUGGGUGCUUCCGGAGCAGGUAAGACGACGUUGUUGGAUGUUCUCGCCAAUCGUGUCACCAUGGGUGUCGUUUCGGGCUCCAUGUUUGUCAACGGAAGACUCAGAGACGGGUCAUUCCAGAGAAACACCGGUUAUGUCCAGCAACAAGAUCUACAUUUGAGAACGUCUACCGUUCGUGAAGCUCUGAGGUUCUCUGCUUAUUUGAGACAAGGCAAGGACAUUCCUAAAGCCGAGAAAGACGAGUAUGUCGAGAACGUGAUCAACAUUUUGGAAAUGAACAAAUAUGCCGAUGCCAUUGUUGGUGUUGCUGGUGAGGGUUUAAACGUGGAGCAGCGGAAGAGAUUGACUAUUGGUGUCGAACUUGCUGCCAAGCCCCAGCUGCUGCUGUUCCUGGACGAGCCUACCUCUGGGCUUGACUCCCAGACUGCUUGGUCGAUCUGUCAGCUGAUGAGAAAACUUGCCGACAACGGGCAGGCUGUCCUUUGUACGAUCCAUCAGCCUUCGGCUAUUCUGCUCAAGGAGUUCGACAGAUUGUUGUUCCUUGCCAAAGGAGGUAAGACCGUGUACUUUGGUGAACUGGGAGAGAACUGUCAGACGUUGAUCGACUACUUUGAAAAAUACGGUGCUCCAAAGUGUCCACCAGAGGCUAACCCUGCUGAGUGGAUGCUGGAAGUGAUUGGUGCGGCUCCUGGUUCUCACGCUCUGCAAGACUACCACGAAGUUUGGCUCAAGUCCAGCGAGAGACACGCCGUUAGAGAAGAGCUGAAAACCAUGGAAAGGGAGCUGGCCAAGCUGCCUUUGUCGACCCUUCCACAUGCUCAGGACGAAUUCGCCAGUGGCUUAUGGCUGCAGUACUACCUGGUUACUAAGAGAGUGUUUGAGCAGUACUGGAGAACUCCGUCGUACAUUUGGAACAAGAUUUUACUGACUGUCAUCUCGACGUUGUUCAACGGUUUCUCCUUUUACAACGCUGGAACUUCUAUGCAGGGCCUGCAGAACCAGAUGCUUUCAAUUUUCAUGCUUUCUAUCAUUUUGCUGACCAUGGUUGACCAGAUGCUUCCUCAAUUUGUGGCCCAAAGAUCUCUGUACGAGGUGAGAGAACGGCCAUCUAAAACGUUUAGCUGGGUCGCGUUUGUGCUCGCCCAGGUCACUGCGGAGAUCCCAUACAACUGGAUUUGUGGUACCCUUGCCUACUUCUGCUGGUACUACCCAGUCGGUCUGCAGAAAAAUGCCGCUGCCGUGAAUGCUACUGCUGAGAGAGGUGCUCUCAGUUGGCUCAACAUGGUUGCAUUCUUCUGCUUUUCGAGUACCCUGGGACAAGCUGCCGGUGCAGCUAUCGAGAUCUCUGAUAACGCUGCCAACUUGGUGUCUCUGCUGUUCACCAUGUCAUUGAACUUCUGUGGUGCUCUGAUCAUCCCUACAGGGUUCUGGGUGUUCAUGUACAGGGUGUCGCCAAUUACUUACUGGCUUGCGUCUAUCCUCAGCACUGGUGUUGGUGGUGUCAAUGUGGAGUGUGCAGAGAAAGAGUACGUGCACUUCCCUCCUCCUUCUGGCAUGACCUGUGGUGAUUACAUGAGCCAGUACGUGAGCCAGGCGGGAGGAUAUAUUUUGGACGCUUCCGCCACAGACAACUGUGCGUUCUGCCCAAUGAAAGAAACCAACAUGUUCUUGAAAGCCAUGGGCAUCGACUUCGACAACAGAUGGAGAGACUGGGGUAUUUUCAUCUGCUACAUUGCGAUUAACAUCUUUUUCACUGUCUUCCUGUACUGGCUUGUUAGAGUUCCAAAAAAGAGCAACAGAGUCAAGGACGAGUCGGCACUCAAGAGCAAAGGCGAACAGCAAAGUGCAAAUAGUGAGGAGGGUUCUUUGAUCAAGGAGUAA